CGUUUGUGUUUGGUUUCACUUCCGCACUCCGCUGCUGUCACUAGCCUGUUAGCAUCUUCCUGGAUCACACCCAGCACAUUUUGCUGCACAAAGCGCCUUUAUUACCCUGAACAGAAAAGGCGCGCAGCUUACAGAGUUCCUGUAAAACUCCAGAGUGCGUGCACGUUUACUUUAUUUUAUCUGUGAAACAAAACAGCAGCUUUAACAAGUCAACCAGGAAGCGACGUUAGCGAGAGGAAGCUCACUGCAUCACCAGCGGGCUGCAUGUUUAAACAACUGUUAAACUGUAACUAACAAAAGGAUCUCUGCGCCUCAACGCGGCUGGAGAAGUCAUGAAGGUGGUCAACUCUCCCGACGGAGGGACCCUCCUGGUGUGGACGCUGGUUGUCCUGAGUGUGAGUGGGGUGCACGCCACUGAUGGCACCAAAAGCUGUAAACUGUUGUCUGAGUCUGUGUCAGAACGGAAAGUCCUCAGUCGACUAGAGGGACUCGCCCAUCAGAACUUCACAGCUGAGACCAAGAACGGAUCAGAGGUUUACACGUAUGUGUUCCAGCUGUGUGGAGACGCAGGAGGUGUUCCAGGAGCCGGGGUCAUUCAGUACGACAGCAAGAAAACGGAUAAUAAACCAACAGUGAUCGGCAUGUAUGAUUCAACAAAGGCCAUUGGAGGAAGUGACUGGGUGUUGCUGAUCUAUGAAAAUGGUGAAAAAUACGAUUUGCACUGCUCCCAGGAAAAGAGGAAAGCCAUGAUCAUGAUCUCUUGUGACAGGACAAUGGCAGAGGGCAAGAUGAAGGUGGAGCUGGAGGACCGGGACAGGAACGAGGGAUGUUUCUACCUUUUUGAGCUGGACUCCAGUGCAGUCUGCCCAGCUAUUGAGACCCACAUCAGCACUGGCUCCAUCAUACUCAUCAUUGGUUUCUGUCUUCUGGCUGUUUAUCUGAUUGGAGGUUUCCUCUACCAGCGACUGAUUGUUGGAGCCAAAGGCAUGGACCAGUUCCCAAAUUAUGCUUUUUGGGUGGAGGUUGGCAAUCUGACAGCGGAUGGAUGUGACUUUGUGUGCCGGUCACGAAAUCGUGAGGAAGCCCCGGCCUACAGGGGAGUGGCCUCCGAACCUUUAGAAGAAGAACAAGAGGAGAGAGACGACCACCUACUACCUAUGUGACCUCAAAAUGUCACAAAUGGGAAAGAAACUUUCACUGUGUGACACAGUUUAUUCUCUCACAGUUUGCAGGUUGCUGUUAGACACAAGCCUCGUUUUUCUUGUUAAAUUUCGACACUUUGCGUGUAUAUUCCAGACUUGUGCCUGCGGCAUCACUCUGAUCUGUUUACUGCUGUAGAGGGUAUGUUACUCAUAGGGCUGACAGACCUGACUCCUCCUCCUACCCCAUGCAUUUUCAUUCAGCGGUUCGAUGUCCAACGAAUGGGUGAUAUUUCCGUGUUUAGAAAGUGACAAUAAAGACUAUUCUUCCAUAGAAACACAAAAAGGAAAAAAGAUAUGAUAAUGGAUUUCUACCCGAUUUAAACCUAAUGACGUAAUGCUCAUCUUUUUCUGCAUAGCUCAUGAUUCAUUGUUUGAAGUUGCUGCAGGUUGCAGCAAGCUGUUUUCCCCCAGGACCUGGGCCUUAUUCCAGAAGCCAGCUUUACUUUGUAAGCCUGACUCAUAUUCACUUGAGUCUGUUCCAUAAAAUAAAUUGGAAAACGUCAAGCUCAGCUACUAUGACGAAUUAUGCUGGAAAACUAGUUGAAUUUGCUUUAUGGAACUGGCUUCUUCGGUAAACUCACUUCAUGGACCAGGGCUGUGGUGCACUGAUGGUUGCAGUUUACAAAGCACACACGUGUGUUUGAUUGUGUAAUUUGGCUUUAAUCAGUUUGUGUUUUUGUUUUCAGAGUUAGAAAAGUAAUUUGAGAAUGUAAAUGUUUAAUUUCAUUUUCUGUGACUGUGCCUACGGUCUUGUUAAGAAAUCACUGGGAAAAAACCAUUGCUCAACUGGUUUUAAUUUUACUUUUUUUUUUUUUUAACCUCUUUCCUUUCUCCCACAUCAUGGGGAAAAGCUUUACAUCAAACCUUUUUUUUCAGUACCGUCAACAAUGCAGUUAAAUUAAUGCGCUAAACUUACAAAUUUGGUGUAAAAAAAGCAAAAAAAGCAUUGAACUGAAAUUGAAACUGUAUUAUGUCUCAAAUCACUAAUUUUUGCUUUUCACUGCUAAUUCACAGUGUGAUUGCAAUUAGAAGAUAUUUAUAUAUGAAUUCUGCUAUUCAUAAUUUACGAUAUCGAUAAGGAUUAGGUAUAUAUGUAGAAUAUGUACUUGUAUUUUCAUGGAAUAUGUUUGCAGCAAAAUACCAAUAUGCAGAAUCACUAAACAGAUAAUAUUGAUAAUAACUAAUAAUAUUAUGAUGGCUGAACUCACACUAACACUCUGGUGAAGAGUCGAGUGUCUUGACCAAAUAUUCAGGCGGCUUCAUGCCUGAUGCUUUGCUUCUUUAGCAGAAUAGAGCUGCAAUGAAAGCACUUAAUUUCCUCUUUGUAUCAAUAUAUUAUUGUUGUAAAACUGUUACAGCUUUGAGGAUAUAAAUAAUGAAGUUUGUAAUAUUUUUAGAAAUUUCAGAUGCGAUGCUAAAGAUUAAGGCAGGAAUUUGACUGUGAUGGCAAAAUUAUGUAAUUGAGUUUAAGUUGUGAAUGAAGUUACUGUAUUAUUGUCAGUGUGAGCACUUAUGUUUGUUUUUGUUUGUUUCUAUCACUUGCUUUUUGUGUUUAUUAGGGUGAAAUUUCUUUCAUUAGUUUAGAGACUCAGCUCCCGGAUCAUGAUCUGGUGGUUGUAAUGAAUUGAACAACCUACACAUUAAUAUGACACCCUGUUUGGUUUGAGGAUGAUUUCAUUUCCCCAAAUGUUUUAUUUGUUUUUUGAUUGCAUUAAAAAUAAAUCAUGAAAAUAGUUUAUGUAUGCCCAUUGUGGUGGUGAAAUCAGUACACACCCAAGUGCACUCAUCUUUGGAGAUUUAAUGAAUGUAAAAUGUUUUAAUAAAAACAUUUCAUGCAUAA